GAGCGCGCAGGGGGCAGUGUUUGUGUUUAUCUGUAAUGUUUGACGCCCGUUCUGCGCUUAUUCUCACGCUGUUCCCGCGCGUCAGUUUAUGAGGGAAACGGACGGAGGGUGUUUUGCGAGAUCCGAAUCAAAGCGGGUCACCGGAACUGAUCGCCCUUCUGCUCGCGGUUCCGACACUCGUAGAUCUCUUCAUAAACUCAAUCCUACAUGUAUCAUGCAUAAGCUGAAGUCGACCCAGAAGGAGAAGAUCCGCCAGGUCAUGUCCUUCACCCGGGCCGCGGAGAGAACCGCUCUGUUCUGCCUGACCCACAAUGACUGGAGACGGGACACGACCGCGAGCAACCACAUCCAGAACCACCGGGAGCCCAUGGACCGCAAGAAGCUGGACCAGCUCUACAACCGCUAUAAAGGUGAGCCGCCGUGUGUGUGUGUGUGUGUGUGUUUCUUCAUUUGUGCUGCUGGUCUGCUUCUGUGUGCAGAUCCUCACGACGAGAACAAGAUCGGACUCGAGGGAAUCCAGCAGUUCUGCGACGACCUGGUUCUGGAUCCCGCUAGCGUCGGUGUGCUAAUCGUAGCGUGGAAGUUCAGAGCGGCGACGCAGUGCGAGUUCAGUCGCGAAGAGUUCCUGGACGGCAUGUCGGAUCUGGGAUGUGACAGUCCCGAGAAGCUGAGGAGUCUUCUGCCCAGACUAGAGCAGGAGCUGAAGGAUUCUGGGAAGUUCAGGGACUUCUAUCAGUUCACGUUCACCUUCGCCAAGAGCCCGGGUCAGAAGGCUUUAGAUCUGGAGAUGGCGCUGGCCUACUGGAACCUCGUUCUCACCGGACGCUUCAAGUUCCUCCAGCUCUGGAACACGUUCCUCCUGGAGCAUCAUAAGAAGCCGAUCUCUAAAGACACGUGGAAUCUGCUGCUGGACUUCGGGAACGUGAUCGCCGACGACAUGUCCAACUACGACGAGGAGGGAGCGUGGCCGGUGCUCAUCGAUGACUUCGUGGAGUUCGCGCGGCCGAUCGUGACAUCACAGGGUCACCUGACUCUAUAAUGAGCGCUUCAGGGGGGCGGAGCCUCUCACACGGACUCUUUGACCACGAACGGAUUUACAUAUAUAUAUAUAUCUCUUUAACCGCAGAGAGAGCUGUCACACUGCACCUGGACCCUGUCCGCACUCCGACACCAGUGUGGCAACUGCACAUCCCAUGAUGCACCACACACAGGGGCGUGGCUACACCACAGAAUACUAAAAUAGCUCACCGUGGAAUAUGUUAGUUUUUUAUCUCACAAUCACAUUCAUGUCGUGCAAUCCAGGCUUUUUUUUAUUGUGAGUUUAUUUUGUGCAAAUCGGACGUUUUUUUCCACAAUCGCGAGUUUAUUGCCGAUGUGACUUCCUCUGGGUUCGCGAGGUUUUUCCGCUGUAAUUCAGACUUUUUCUUACAAUUGCGAAAAGGAAGUAAAAAGCGGUCAGAAUUGUGAGACGUUUAAUGAUGUUGUUUUAUGCGGAGUGUGAGCGUCCAUACCUGGAGUUUAGUCACGUGACGUGUGCGUGAUCAUUGGAGCGCUGUGACCUUCUGACCCCAGAGUCUCAGAGAGUGACGUGACGGGCGCCGAGGAAUCACACGGACCAACACCGAUGAGAUCCUGUUCCUGUUUACAAGCGUCUGUGAUAUUAAAUCAGCACACACACACACACACACACACACACACCUCAGUGUUCGUCUGGACCAGUUCCUCAGCUCUGUGUGUGUGUGUCUGUGUGUGUGUGUGUGUGUGUGUGUGUCAUUCAGUUCAUCUCAUCACACACUGUUUCUCUGCAUGUAAAUAAAGAUUAUUUAACAAAACUC